AUGUCGAGUCGAACUCUACGAUCAAAUCGGUCCGGCAAACCGAACCAAGUGGUUGGUGCGAAAAAUAGUGCAAAUAGUGGGGUGCAAGUGGUGGUUACGGGUGAUCCAGAGGAGUCCCAUCCCGGACGGACAUGCCAAGUCUGCCGAGGAAUGGACACGGACGAGAUGGUUCAAUGUGACGACUGCCAGAAGUGGCAUCACUUCCAGUGUGUGGGAGUAACGCAGCAGAUCGAAAAUUUCCCGUGGAGUUGUGCCAAAUGUGGAAUAGCAAAAGGUGUCCAGGAAUCAAUUUCAACUGCAGGUGCUCAUCAAGGAAGUGGCGGUGUAUCGGUGCGGUUGUCGGAAGUCGACUUGAAUUCGUUACCAGUAUUACCACACCAGCAGGUCGAAACGCAGCCGCAGACUAGCAGAGUAACAGAUGGGACCAUUCAAAAGAAAAAUGUGAAUCAAACUCCAUUCGUGACUUUCUUGAGAUGGGUAGUCAAUACUAGCAGAGAGCCGUCUAGAAAUGCUUCGAGAGCUUCUUCGGUAUCGUCAAGUCACUCCUCGCAAGCGCUCGCUAAGUUGAAACUACAAAAGUUGGAGGAGUUGAGGGCUAUUGAACGGCGUGAAGCAGAACAGCAACGAGCAAUCGUAGCUGAUGAAGCGAAGAAGGAAAAGGCUUAUCUGGAUCAGAAGUAUCAUCUACUAGAGCAAGCCAUGUCUGAAAGCGGUUCUUCUAGGGACGAUUCAGUGAGCAGAACUGAACACUGGGUAGCAAGCACGAGCCAGCCGAGACUGCUGAACACCGGGGAUCAACUUGACCUAAACCAGCGCUUUGGUAAGAUACAACUUGCUCACACGACCAGUGUAAGGGUCGGUAGUAGCCGCUCCUCGCUACCAGAACCAAACCCACCGGAUCCAUUCCCAGUGCCGGAGUCCUUGCUAACUUACUCCGUGGAUCCACCAGCCACGGACGGUAGGAUGCAGCCAUUGACAGUAGGAUCGGUAAAUCCAGUUCUACAAGGCACCCAAACUGAACCGGUCACUUCUAUGGAAGCCCAGCGCCGAGUUUCGAUUGCGCAAACUCCUCACUCCGGAGCAUAUGGAGUGUUUCAGUCCGGUCGGUCGCUGGAUGCAACACGCUCGGCACCGCAUUCUGCACUGCGAGUUCAACCACGCAAUUCAGUUUCCCGAAACCCUGAAGCGAAUCAGCCUUGUCAAUUCUCUCAAGGUGUUUCAACUCCGGAGUAUCAACAGUUUGCUCCACAUCCGAUCCAAUCACGAGUUCAUCUUCCGAAUGCUCCCCAUUCUUCUACCAUGCGAGCCAGUCGUGUCUACGACCAUGAGGAAGAUAUGGACCCAUGCCCGAUUUCUCGAAAGCAACUGGCUGCCCGACAAGCGAUUACGAAAGAUCUACCUGCAUUUUCUGGGAACCCAGAGGAAUGGCCUCUGUUCUUCUCAACCUUCAACAGCACGACAACAUUGUGUGGCUUUACCAACGAGGAGAAUAUUGUUCGCUUGCAGAGAAGCUUGAAGGGCCGAGCAUAUGAGGCAGUAAAAAGUAGGCUGUUACACCCGGCAAACGUGAAUGGGGUCAUAUCAACACUGAAGAUGCUCUUUGGACAGCCUGAGUUAAUCGUACAUACUAUGAUGUCCAAAAUCAACUCUCUUCCGUCAUUAAGAGAGGACAAAUUGGAAGCCCUAGUGGAUUUCGCCGUUAGCGUCGAAAACUUCUGCGCGACAGCGGAUGCGUGUGGAUUAGAGGAAUACCUUUACAAUAUUUCCUUUCUUCACCAACUCGUCAACAAGCUGCCACCAUCGAUAAAAUUGAACUGGGCGCAAUAUAGGCGAACACUUCCAACGGUUAACUUGUCCUCCUUUAGCAACUGGUUGUACUCACUUGCUGAAGCUGCUAGCGCCAUCACCAUCCCGAACGUGACCUUCGAAUCCAAGACAGUACGUAGCGACUCACGCACAACAAAAAGAAACAAUCCGUAUGUGAAUGCCCACUCUGAAGAAGCCUCUUCGGGGUUUCACUCUGCAGCCCCAUCCAACGUGGAAACUGCGACUGGCCGCUGCCCAGUUUGUGAAGAAAGCUGCACAUCGAUUGCCAAUUGUAAAGGCUUCCUGGAACUCUCCCGAGAUGCCCGCUGGGCAACUGUUCGAGAUUUGGGGCUAUGCCGCAGAUGUCUUCGGCAACAUAAGGGAUGGUGUCAAGCAAAACUAUGCGGGAGGAAUGGCUGUGAGCUCAAACAUCACGAGUUACUGCACAACGAACAGAAAGGCGUACAGCUGCCGUCGACUACUUCUUCGAAUAAUCCAAACGAAGCCUCGCCGGCUCAGGGCCAAUACUCCACUCCACAUCCAGUGCCAAUCUCGUCCGAACACGGGUGUCACGCUCAUCAGGUUACUUCUAGCCAAGUAUUAUUCCGCUAUCUACCCAUUGUGCUACAUGGAAAGUAUCAUUCGAUUCAGACGUUCGCUUUUCUUGAUGACGGAUCGGAACUCACAUUGCUAGACAACGAAUUAGCGGAUGAACUGCAGCUUGAAGGAGAGCCGAUGCCAUUAUGUCUGCACUGGACGGGAGGAGCGAAGCGUCGAGAAGAAGAAUCAAGGAGCGUCAAACUAGAAGUGUCUGCAAAGCAUAAUGAAUCGAAAACGUACUCUAUAACGGGUGUACGAACAGUAGCGGAACUGCUCCUUCCCUCGCAAACGCUGAAUCUCGAAGAGCUAUCCCAACGAUACCCGCACCUAAAGGGUUUGCCAAUCAGUUCUUAUCAGAAUGUUCGGCCGAGGAUUCUCAUUGGCAUGAAGGACCAGCACCUCAGCUUAGUCCAAAAGAGCCGCGAGGGUGCUCUGCAUCAACCGAUCGCCGUGAAAACACGUCUUGGGUGGACAGUUUGCGGAGGAGGAAAUCAAGACAACUCUGCUAAUCUUGCUCACUCAGUAUUCCACGUAUGCGCUUGCGAUUCGUUGUCGGAUGUCAACCUGCAUCAAAAAAUGAAGGAAUAUUUUGCAGUAGAUAGCCUGGGAGUAGCUCAGCCGUUGAAGACACUUCGCUCUACCGAGGAGGAGCGAGCCAUCUCUCUUCUGGAAGCUCGCACGAUUUUCAAGGGGGACCGUUACGAAACCGGUCUACUAUGGCGAUAUGACAACCCACGUCUGCCUGACAGCCUUCCAAUGGCACUCCAGCGACUUCAGUGCCUUAAAAAGCGAAUGGACAAGAACCCGAAACUCGCCGAGGCCCUCAAUCAAAAAAUCUCCGAUCUCGUCGUGAAGGGGUACGCUAGAAAGCUAAAUGAAGAAGAGCUGAACCAAAAAUAUCCAAGGAUAUGGUACCUUCCAAUAUUUCCUGUUACGAACAUAAACAAACCUGGAAAGAUUCGAAUGGUCUGGGACGCAGCUGCGACCACACACGGUGUAUCUCUGAACUCUGCCUUACUCAAGGGACCCGAUCAGCUUUCUGAACUCUUCGCCAUACUGGUCCAGUUCCGUGAAGGCCGUAUCGCGUUAUCCGGAGACGUACGUGAGAUGUUCCUGCAAGUGCUUAUGCGCGCAGAGGAUCAGCAAUGCCAGCGUUUUCUAUGGUACGACCAGGAUGGAACCCUGCAUGUCUACGUUCUGCAGGUGAUGAGUUUCGGAGCAUGCUGUUCUCCUUCUAGCGCACACUACGUCAAAAAUUUGAAUGCCAAACGGUUCCAGGGCGAUUAUCCCGCGGCCGCUGAAGUGAUUAUAAAGCGCCAUUACGUCGAUGACAUGCUGGUGAGUGUAGCCACAGAAGAGGAAGCGAUCAAACUCGCCCAGCAAGUGAAACAAGUGCACGCAGAAGGCGGUUUCGAGAUCCGUAAUUGGAUAAGUAACUCCAAACGUGUCGUACAGGCCUUACAAGAAGCUGGAACGGAAGAAAAAAAUCUCGACAUGUCGUCGGAAAUAGCCACGGAAAAGGUCCUUGGAAUGUGGUGGUGCACAGAGUCGGAUACCUUCACCUACAAGGUUGGAUGGGAUCGUUACGGUCGAGCGUUGCUGGAAGGUCGACAUCGUCCAACAAAAAGGGAAAUGUUGCGCAUCCUUAUGUCCAUGUUCAACCCACUUGGGCUUAUUGCGCAGUUUCUUAUGUACCUAAAAAUCCUUCUGCAAGAAGUCUGGCGUUCUGGGAUAGACUGGGAUGAUCAAAUUGAUGAUGUUCUGUACAAAAAAUGGCAAACGUGGCUAGAAGUGUUGCCGCAAGUCGAGCGGAUAUUUCUCGAAGCUACUUUCGUCAACAAACUGCUGCAAACGGAGACGUCCAACUUCACACAUUUGUUGAUGCGAGUGCGAAUGGAAUUGCCGCUGCCUGCUACUUACGUUUCACCCAUGGCAAUAUCGUGGAAUGUAGCUUAG